AUGGAGAGAAUAUUCCGUACGGGAGGGACGACAUCAGACCCAAAGGUCUCCUUCUACUCUCGCGACGAGCUCCACCGCAUCACUCGCCAGCUAGGCGAUACUCUAAUUCACGCCGGACUCCAGCCAGGAGAUCGCGUGGCAAAUCUUUACUAUAAUGGUGAGCUCUAUAUGGGCUUUUUGAUCCAGCUGCUUGCGUGGCUGGAUACCAAUGUACCAUAUUUCCAGCUUCCUAUCAGUGGAGUCGUUGAUAUCGAAGCCACUGUGUGGCCUCUGCGAGAAUUCAAAGUCACGGUCGCGAUGGGCAUGACCACAACUUUAAUUUGGAUUGCGGAAUAUGUCAUCAGUCUGUAUAGCGGAGAAGGUCUAUUCAGCGACCAAACGGCGUUGUUGGCCAAAGCUUUUCCUAAUGUCGUUGUCAGACCUCUGAUGUAUGGAUCCGUGGAUGGUGGUCUGAUUGCCAUCCCUACGCAUGACGCUGAUCUCGAAAGUCGCGCUGGUGCACCUGUCUAUGUUCCAAAUUCCCCGAAUGUCGUGGCCGAGAUUUUGAGAGAAGGAGGGAAACCUAUUACCAAUGAGGAAGAAAGAGGUAUUCUCCAUGUUACGGAUCUCUCCAGACGACUGAUGCCUAUCAUCCGAUAUCCAACAGGAGAUGUCGCCGAAUGGGUUGACUUUUCUCGCAAGCAAUUUGUCCUUCGUGGACGUGAUUUGAUUGGGUUUAAGAUCGGCCCUGCCUCAUAUGAUUUCAGACAUCUUCGCGAAAUUGUUGUGAAAACCUUAGGCUCCGAUAAUAUCCAGGGCUUCCAGACUGUGGCGCGGCGUAAAAACGGAAAGGAUGAGCUAGUAUUUUGGAUCGCAGGCUUUGGGACUAACCGGGCUGAGGGCUAUGAGAACCUCGAUAAGGCUCUAAAAACACACACAACGCAGUAUGCCAGUGGCCUGGCGGCAGGUUAUAUCAAUCCACUCGCGGUCGGGUGGAUUGACGUCAAGGACUUGUAUCAUAAUCCUAGAACUGGUAAACUACGUGAGACUGUGGAUCAACGAUUCUAG